AUGGCGGCCUACAUGAAGGCCUGUGCAAUGGUAAAAAAUGCCCAGGCCGAACAACAGAACUCAGUUCUGUUCCCUCCGCCUGCUGGUCCUUACUCUUCAUACCUCUUACUGGAGGAAGAUGAACAUGAUGAUAAUGGUGCCUCUGAAUCAUGCUGCUGGGGAUGUUGUAAUUGCUACCUGAGAGAAUUGCCAUUUCCCCAAAACAAAUGCUUAAGAAUCGAAUACACUACAACUACAAGUAAUGGGACAAGUUCAACCACUUGGACAGAAUGCGAUAGGGUGUACUGUAUUCCUGUUUUGGGCAAACCCAUCUCCUCCCAUUGCUACUAUGUUGUGCGAGCUGAAGGCAAGCACAAGGGAUUAGUGGAAACAUGCUCUACUGAAGAAGACAUGAGAACAUUUUGCUGUUGUAGAUGUGUGAAAGAUGUUCAUCCUAGAGCUUUUCAACCCACAAACUCAUAUCAACAAAUGAAAAUAAUCUCCUCAAAGAAGUACAGAUUUGCAACCAAGAGCAUAGCUUCUGAUGGUUUCCCUCAUUUUUUGCGUAGGACUAAUUGGAGUGUGGUAACCAAAGAGAUGCGUGGUAAUCAUGGCAGACUUGCUCAUGUUGGAGGUGAAAAUACUGAGCUGAGAGCACAAUUUCCCCCUUUUGAUUUCUCUUUGCUAGAGAAAAGGCCUCCUAUUGUUAUAGUUGGGGAGUGGUACUGCCCUUUUAUCUUUAUCAAUGAAUUGGGUACCAGAUUGGAGGAUGUUAAGAUUCAGCUCAUGGAGUGUCCCUUCUAUAAGAUGGAUCUAGAAAAGUUCUGGGAAGAGAUGUAUUCAAUUCAAGGUAUGACAGGAAAAGAUGUUCAUGUGGACCAAACCUUGAAGGCUACUGGUGUGAAACUUAGCUGGCCCAUCAUUGCCAAAAUGAGGGCUGAUCAAGAUAGAUAUGGAUUAGAUCAAGAGGGAAGAUAUGUAAGGGUGAAGAAAUCAUUUAGUGGCAGUGGGAUGAAAGGAAAAUUUGCCUGUUAUGUUGUAGUGGAAACAUAUGUAUUGAAAAGAAUGGAUGGGAACGUUGUACUUAGUUAUUCAUUUAGAAAUCCGAAACUAAUACAGGGGAAGUGGGAAGUGUGGGAAGUGUGA